GUUCCCCUGUUAAGAAUUCCAGGAUCUGACCACUGUGAAGUCAUUCAGGUUUUAGAACUGGCAAGUGCAUCAGCGAUAUUUGGCAGUCUGGUCGCCAUUGCCUGGGACCGCAAUAGGAACGUUUUCCAGCCCUUUAAAAGCCUGGCUCCGCGACGUGUGAAAACAUUUUUAAUCUCAGUGACAUGUAUCUGGAUUUAUGCCUUCAUCACGUCUACGCCGUUUAUAAUCAGCAUCAAUAUCGAAUCACAAGAAAUAUGCUGGAGAGAAAAUAACGGAACAACGUGUAGGAAAUAUACUGUUUGUCACCUUACCAAAGGCUGGAAAGCGCAGCUGUCAAAAACGCUGUUUUUCGUCAUGUCGUUUAUUGCUCCUUUCAUGUACAUGUUGAUCACCUAUACCAAAAUUGCUCUAAGCUUGCGGAGACGAAGUCAGAGUGGACAAAUACACAGCGCUGUGGCAAAAUAUAAAGCGAAAUCAAUUCGAUUGAUGGUAAUCGCUGUUCUUGUUUUUGCCGUAUGCUGGGGUUUAAAUUUCAUGGUGGAUUUGCUUUCCGUUUAUGGAUUUUUGAACGGUUUGUCGCUAGAGGGUGAUGGGGAG